CGGAAAGAAAUUUCGCGCGCGUUUCCUAUCUCUGCGGUUCAUGUUAGGUCAUUGGUUUUCUUUGACUAUCUGUUUCUGAAUACCUGGAUAAGGAAAGAAUCCCCACUUUAUAGUUGCUAAAAUGUACCAUCAGAACUUACCCGUUUCAACUGUCAAAUAAUGGAACCUGGAUCAAACGAUUUCUGUAGUGGGAAUGUUAAUGCAAACUUACGCAAUCCUUCGUACCGCAUUUCUGCUGGGAUUCCUGUACUAGAUGAUUCGUCCAGUGGAUAUAGAGAUAAUAUUGGCCAAGAGAAGCCGGGUAAUUUUAUGUGUCUAAGUCGCCCACAAGCAGAGUAUAUGCAUGGUCAUACAUACUCUCAGAAUAGUAGCAAAGAGAAUGACAGUCACUUUCUAAGUGGUUUUAAUGAGCUUUCUCAGAGUUGUUCGCGAAAGCAUUCACUCUCCGGUGUCGUACGCACUAGGAGACGAAAGGCUGGAAUAAGUGAAGAAGAACGAGUCUGUAUCGUGUGUGGUGAACCGGCAUCUGGUUAUAAUUUCGAUCGGCUUACAUGCGAGAGUUGUAAAGCAUUCUUCCGUCGAAAUGCACUGAAACCUCGCGAUAAAGUAAGUCUCCUGUGUCCGGAUAUGGUGAAUAUUUUGGAUAUGUUAUUUCAUAAUAGUAUGUUUCUGCUAAGAUUUUUUCAGUCAAAAGUGUAUACUUAACAGUGAAAUCAAUUAAUAUGUACUGAUAUGUUUACCGGGAUAGUUAAUCAUGUAAAUUUAAGAGGUUAAUGUUUUAUACCUUAAGUAACCUAUGAUAUAACGUAAUCCAGAUGUACUGAUUGAGCAUAAAGGGUUUGGAGCUGAUAUCAAUCCUCUUCUAAUAAAUUUAUGUGUUUGUCCAACCCCUCCUUGAAUGGAUCAAUUCACGUUGCAGACACAACUUCUUAUUUAUUUAUUUUUUAUUUUAUUUUAUUUUGAUUUACAGCUUGAUUCCACACUGUAUUUUUUUGGUACAAGUAUGGAAUUUU